AUGGAUCCACAGACCCAACAAAGCAGUCAUGAUCCCAUUCCGACAUCAGUCGUAGACAUAAAACUCUUAAUUUCAGAAGAUACUGGUCCGAAGCUUCUGAGAGAAUCAGCUGGUUCAGAGUCAUGUUGCAUCGUGAGAAUCCCACACAGCCUCGCAAGAAUCAACCUCAAAGCUUACGAGCCCAAGAUUGUCUCCGUUGGUCCUUACCAUCACGGCAAAGAACAUCUCACUUUGACCCAGCAACACAAACGCAGGUUCUUGAAGUUUUUCGGGUCUAAAAUGGAAGAAAAGGGAAUCGAUCCUCAAGAUUUAAUCAAAGCUGUUUCUAGAUUGGAAAGAGAGAUAAGAAGUUCUUACUCCGAGGAUCUUGGUUACAAUCCCGAAAAAUUGGUUGAGAUGAUGGUUCUUGAUGGUUGCUUUAUCCUCACGUUGUUCUUUGUAGUCUCUGGGAAAGUUGUUUACACUAAUCUUGAUGAUCCCAUCUUCAGAAUGCCAUGGAUUUUGCCCUCGAUUCGAGCCGAUCUUCUCCUUUUGGAAAACCAGGUUCCUUAUGUUCUUCUUCAAACUCUCUUCGAAACAUCCAGGUUAGUUACUAGUAGCUGUUUAAACGAGGUCGCGUUUGAAUUCUUCGACUACUCUUUACAAAAACCAGAGGCGUUUUGGACAAAACAUUGUAGUCUUGAUGCAAAACAUAUUCUUGAUUUGAUACGCAAGACUUUCGUUCCUGUUCCUUGUCGAAGAAGCAUCAAAGAUAGCCAUCUCACAAUCCUCUGUUGUUCCGAGGGGAAACGAAAACCUAGCAGUGAAUCCUCAUUGAAUGAUAAUGGCUUUCUCGGAUUUGUUCUAUCAGCUAAGAAGCUUCAUCUUCGGGGAAUCAAAUUCAAACCGAGGACGAACACAGACUCAAUCUUAGACAUAAGGCUUAGUAACGGUGUGCUUCACAUUCCUCCGAUAGUCAUGGAUGAUUUCACCGCCUCGGUCUUUUUAAACUGUGUGGCGUUUGAGCAGUUAUAUGCAGAUGCUUCAAACCACAUAACGAGCUACGUUGCUUUCAUGGCUUGUCUACUAAACGAAGAGAGCGACGCAGCGUUCCUUAGCGAAAGAAGGAUCCUCGAGAACUAUUUCGGAACAGAGGAUGAAGUUUCUAGGUUUUUCAAAGGCGUUGGUAAAGAUGUUGCCCUGGACUUAGAGACGAGUUACUUGGCAAAAGUGUUUGAAGGUGUCAACGAGUAUACUUCUAAAGGAUUCCAUGUUCACUGCGCAGAGUUUGUUCACACGCAUUUCGACAGUCCAUGGACGUUCGCUUCAUCGUUCGCAGCGUUGCUGCUUCUUAUGUUUGCGGCUUUGCAGGUCUUCUUUGCAGCUUAUAGUUAUUUCCGUCCUCCAAAAUAA